AUGAAGCGCCCUGCUUCCUUGUCGCCUCUGCGCUAUCCACUCGAAAUCGAACAUGACGAGCCCAUGCAACUCGACGAACCAGUGCUAGCUCAGCUGUCGAUGUAUGAGAACUGGCCAGACUGCGACGUCGACGUCGAGGAGCUGCUCACUUGGGCCAAGGAGCGUGUGGAUAUCCUCAGGGAGCUCGAGCGUUGUCAGGCUAUCAGGCUGGACGAGCUUGCAACAUCUCAACGGGUACAACACAAGCUUGCCCAAUCUGACCAUCUCGGUUCGCAUGACAGCAGGAUCGCGAACUUAUCGGACGAGAUCAGUCAUUUCGUGCUCCGUCUGGCGCUGUGUCGCUCAGAUCCACUCAGAGACCGAUACAUUGGGCUAGAGACAGCCUACUUUCGUACACGCUACGCGUCACUCAAUCCAGAGGAACAGGCUCGCUUCCACGCGCGGUACAAGCUCAGCUGGCCAUCGGCAACCGAUGAUGAUAAGCGAGAGCAUGCGAGCGCAAUCACGCGUACGUUCAGUACGAGAUGGACAGAGGCAGAAGUCGCAGUGCUCGAACAAACACAAUAUGCGCGUCUGAUCAAAGGUGCAAGAAAGCUCGACUUGCUCAAGCUGCAUUGGACGGAUGUGCCUCAGCUCGUCGGGCAGCGUCGUGCUGUGAUCACACGAGGCACCACAUUUGUUGAAGCGAAACACAUCCCAGAUUUCGUCGCGCUGGCUUUCCGGCGCAGAAUGGAACGAGCUCUCGAUACGACGGCUCGACAGAUUUCCUCGUUCGCGGACAAACCAGAACUGACUGAUAUGUUCAGAGUCAUACAGCGACUCAUGGCGCAAGAGAUGAGCAAAAUCUCUCGACUGCCUACAGCGGUCACUUUGACUGCCAAGACGAUCGAUGAUGUCGCUCCCAAGCACUUCCCACCCUGCAUGCUCAACUUGCACACCGCAAUGAGAAGGAACAAGCUUCUGCGCUACUAUGGCAGGCAUCAGUACGGCACGUUCUUGCGACGUGCCACCCUUGAUGCAGACGAAGCAACGACAUUCUUCCGCAAGGCAUUCUCAAAGACCAGCGCGAUCGAAUGGGAACAGAAGCGAUACAAGUACGAAUUUCGCUACAUCUGGGGCUUGGAAGGCGCAGGACAUGGUUUCGAAGCAAAGAGCUGCAAGAGCUGCAUUGACGACUCGCCAUCGCAGCACGAGCAUCACGGGUGUCCCUUCGCUACAUUCUCGUCGGACGAUCUGUCAAGAUUUCUCAGCAAAGAGAUGGAUGUCAAGGGCGAAUCAGUUAUUGAGAUUCUGCGACUCAAGGAGGCGAGACAGUAUCAAGCUGCUUGCACGCGCGCCUUCGAGGCAAAACAUAAUUCGUCAUGGACUGGACCUGAAGCCAUUGUCGAUCAUCCGAACAGAUACUUUGAUCUAUCGCUUCAGACUGUACAAAUUGACACUGACUAA